AGAAAAUGAGAAAUUGGCGAAGGACCUGAACAAUUUCAAACGCGAAUACGUAUUCUUGUUGCAGAAUUGCAUCAAAAUACCGUUCAAUGAUCAGCAACCCGUAGACAUACUCCAAGUGAAGCUACUUGGCGGCAGUGUUCACAAGAAGCGUGUAAUCAGGCUUCUGGAAGAAGCUCGGGCAAUUGAUCCAACAUUGCCCACAUUUGAAAGCGUAACAACGUUGGGCAAUCACUUGGACGUGUUCGGUUUCCGCCGAUCUUUCGAUGACGAAGACGUGGCACUGCACUACAUUUGCACACAGCUCCAUUCGUUGUACCUCGAACAUACACCGGCACAAAUGGAGCAUCGAGAGGCCUGGAUGAAAUAUCUGCGUGAUUCGAAUCACCAGCUUUGCAACACG